AUGGGAAACAACGGCGCACAGGCGUUCUACCUGCUCGUGGCGGCCGGCGCGCUGCUGGUAGUCUACACGUGGAUCAUCCUCCCCGCGCCGGCGCUCCAGAACUCGGGCCUCAAGUCGGCCGCAUGCCUGCAGCAGCCCGGCGCGCGCGCGUACGCGUGGCUGUCGCUCAAGGCCAACGUGUCGCUCUGUGUGCUCAACAGCGUGUUCCGCGCCGUCAAGCAGACCGAGCCGGGCACCGUCCUCGCGUCGUACUUUGGCGCGUUCCUCACCUCGGGCGUCUUCAUCGGCACGUACGAGAGCUUCCGGCCGCGCGGGCGCGGGCUGUGGGCGUGGGCGGCGCGCGGGGCGUCCCUCGCGUUCCUCGCGGGCCAGGUCGUCACGGCGGCCGUCAGCACGCCGCUGUACUUUGCCCUCGUGGCCGCUGCGACCCCUGCGCCGCUCUUCAAGCGCACCAAGUCGGGCGACGUGCUCGUCGAGCCGCGCGCGCGCCCCGCCACGGAACAGGUGUGGGCCGUGCUCAUCUCCACCUGGGUCGGCUUCAUCGCGCCCUUCGUCCACGCAAAGGUGACAAACUUUGACUUCCACGCGCUCGCGCUGUGGCAGCCGUUCCCGCUCUACGUGCUGGCGCUCAACCUCGUCCUCCCGUCGCUCCUCCGCCCGCUCGUGGGCAAGGCGUCGCCAAACCUCCCCAUCGUGCUCAUCGCCCUUGGCGGCGUGUACGCCUCCGCGUCGGUGCACCUCAAGUAUGUGUGGCACCUCGCCAACCUCGAGUCGGGCGCGCUCAAGGCCGUGCGCGACGCGUUCCUGCUGUACCCACUCUCCGAGUGGGCGCCCGACUGGGCGAGCAACCUCCCGACGCUCGCGCACGCCAUCUUCGGCGCGGAUUUCGCGUUCGUCUUCCUCGCCAACGCGGCACACGUGAUUCUCGGGUUCGAGCCUGGCCUCGACGAGGCCGUCGCGCUCGCCGUCAACCUGCUGCUUGGCAGCGCGCUCCUCGGCCCCGGCGCGGCCGUCAUCCUCCUCUGGGCGUACGGCGAGCUCACGGCCAAGGCGACGCUCGUGGCGUCUGGCAAGGGCCAGGCCAAGGGCAAGGGCAAGGCCGAGUAG